AUGCCAAACUAUUGUUGUGUACGAGAAAUUCAUACCCUAUCCAAAACAAUUUUUAAAGUACCACAAAAUGAGGAUAUGAGUAAAAAGUGGGAAGAAGCAUUGGGGUUUACUAUUAAAAAAAGGUACCAUAUUUGUGAUACCCAUUUUGAAGACUCUGAUAUCAUCAGUAAAUGGGAGUCUGGUAAAGACUCUAAUAAGUAUACGAUAUGUUUGAAAAGACUUCAUUUAAAAAAAGGAGCCAUUCCUAUUCCCCGUAAAAAAAUGAUUUAUGCACAAUCUUUGGAAAGUACACAAGUCUGUGAAUUAAAUAAGGCAUGCACAUCUAGCUUGGAUAGCACAUUAGAUCUUUCUCAUACAACUCAUUUAAUUUAA